AUGCCUAUGAACCUCGAAGGAAGCUGCCAAUGCGGCGGUGUCGAAUUUACUCUCCAGUCCCAAACACCAGUUCCCUACCAGCUAUGCGCCUGCAGCAUCUGCCGCAAAGUAGGCGGACACCUCGGUGCUGUGAACCUAGGCGGUAUGGCCGAUAGCCUGAAUAUCAUCAAAGGCAAAGAUCUGAUCAAGAAAUACACUGCCAUCAAAGACCGCGGCACACCGGAUGAACAGCUAUGCUCCUCCGAGCGGAACUUCUGCUCGAACUGCAGUACUAUGUUGUGGGUUUGGGAUCACCACUGGCCUGAACUGAUUCAUCCAUUUGCCUCUGCAAUCGAUACGGAGUUGCCGGUGCCCGACGAGAUGGUAUGCAUCAUGAAUGGAUCGAAGCCGGCUUGGGCCCGGUGGCCGGAGGGAAAGAAGAGUGUGCACGAGGUCUAUGGUAGAGAUAGCCUCGAAGAAUGGCAUAAGAAGCAUGGUUUGUUUGUCGAGUAG